UCAUUGAGAAUUUCUGCAGAUGCAAGAGUUGUCCUAUUUCCUUUGAGAAGAUCCUGGUGAGUAGAAAAUGGCAAUGUUGACUGCUCUUCCUGCAUUAGUUUUUCCCUUUUUCAGUCUUUCCUGCAUUUAUUUCUUGGAAACAACUUAAAGCAGAAGUGGCUCCAUGUUUAAGUAAGGAUACGUGUUCUUUUGAAAAAGGAAAAACAAUAAGCGAGGGAUGUCAAAGGACGUAAAAUGAGCUAUAAGUAAAAUUUUAGCUUCUCUUGAUCUGUUUGCACCGAAUCACUAAUGAAGAAUAUUUAUUGUGAUUUCAACAAAAAUGGGAGAACGCUCACAAUGAAGGUUGGAUUACUAUGCACUGGAUGAAAAGAUUUACAGGACUUUGUGAUGGCAAUGAAGACAAGUCCCCCAGAUUCAGGCAUUUGUGGUUUAGAUACCAAAGGCAAAGGAAGUCCAUGGUAUAGGAUGCUAUUUAUUUGCUAACUGAAAAAUCGUCAAACAUCUCACUCAAGAAAUGGAAAUUGAUUGGUGGGACAUAGAGAGGGUCUGAAGUUGUACAUGGGCUGGCCACAGUUUUGAAGGUCUAAUCUGUUUUGGUUUCAGUUCACGUGGGGCAGUUGGAUGCUUUUUGGGAUGCUUUAGAGAGGAGGCAAUUGUAUCAACUUCCUAUUUACACAUAGCACUGUAAUUCGUCCCUAAAAGGCUUGGCUGUAUGCAUUUUGCUGUUUGUCGCUACUUUUUUGCUGCUGUUUUAAACACACAGAGCUGCGGUUAGGAUAGCUCUUAUUAAAUGUCCAUAAUCUGUAGUAUUAAGCAAGGUUUUAGAUAUAGACACAUCUGCUUUAUGCAACCUACACCUGUUUUUGUUUUGGUUUAAAAGAACUGAGCCGUCAUCACAUGAGGUAUUUAAGUGACUGGCUCCAAUGUACUGUUAAAGGAUUUGCCAUAUUUCAUCACCAUUUUAAUUUUUGGUCUGGUCCUGCCCUGUUUUAAGCAUUACAGGCUCAGCUGGGAAAUAGAUAAUAACUUAUUUGCCAUUGUAACCCAGCUGAAAGCCACUUGAGGUAAUUUAACAUUUUUAACUGCUGUAAAGCCGGACGUUGGCUUAAAAUAUUAUGCUUCUUUAUGUUGUUGGUGUGUUUUGGCGAAGUGAGCCAAUGAGAAGAUGUUUUGAAUGCGUGGAUUGAAAAGUUAGCAGAAUGUGUUUGCGUGGCCACUUUGGUUUUGAAUGCCUUGAUUUCACUAUUUCAUCAAACUUUAAAAAGGUUUUGGGAAAUUUGUUCUCAAAAGUAGAAGUGCUAUUACUUGUCCCGAGUGAAGUUUGUCUAUUGGUAUGUGUAUCUCAUCAUCACCCUUUAAAAAUAGGUCAGUCAAUGCAGCUGAAAUAGCAGUUAGACUACAAUAUUUACAAAAGGCUGAAAAGACUCUGCAGCAUUAAGAUGUCUUUGUUUUGAAAGAGGAUUCGCCUUCAUCAUAUGUGAUAUUCUGGCAUGAAAACUCUGGUUAACAUCACUUCUGUGUAACACUACUAUCAGUACUGCUACUACUUGGUGCACUUUUGUCUCGUCUCAUGUAAAUAUUUACAUGUUUGUCUUCAUUUAUGUAGUUCGUCAUUAAAGUCUCAACCUUCUGCUUUCUGUUUGGAUGUAGUUCCCUGUUUUGAGAUUUGCUGGCAAUCAGAAAUUGUUUUUAUUGAUUAAUAAAGUGUUUUUAUUUUCACCCGUGACUCCUGUUCUCUAGUGGUGACUUCUGAUUGGAGUAGAGUGGUCAUCCGAUGCUGGAGUUAAUAUUAGAUGCACAGUAUUACUAGGCCUGUCACAAUAAAUACAACUUAUUUUUCAAUACAUGAUAGAUGGAACAACAAUUUUUGUGGGUCAAUAUUUAUUGUAGGGACUGUCUUUGUACUAUUGGGGAAAUUUUGGUUAUUUUUCAGUACCACAAUCAGUGUUGGGGAGUAACGGAUUACAUGUACCGCCGUUACGUAAUCAGAGUACAAAUUAUAAGUAACUGUAUUCCGUUACAGUUACUGUUUCAAUGAGUGGUAAUUGGAUUACAGUUACUUUGCUGAAAUAAGUGGAUUACAAGGCGGUAUUUUCCUGUUUUCACAUUUUGUGCUACAUCCCAUUUAUUUAUUUUUUAUUUCGGUAAUUCCACUCAUUGUUGGAAACCCAAACAAAACGCGACAGUAAGAGCGAUGUAAACGUCAUGUUAAAGUUGGCGGUGUCAGUCACACAGUGGAAGCAGCAGUGCAUUGGUAAAAACGCAUUUGUGUCUUGGAAAUUCUUCUCCCGAUGUGAGAUAUAUAUAUAUAAAAAAAAACAAAUAUAAAAUCGCCUACAAUUUAAAUGUGAAACAGGAGCUACUGGCACUGGUGAAAACAACCUGCAUAGACUCAUAAUAUCUGCACUACUGUCCUAUAGUGACCUGCGACAUGAGGGGACGUGCACACAAACACACACAAACACACACCAUCAUCGUCAUCGACCUAAGAACCCGCGGACCACGUCUCCUUCCGUAGUUACAGCGCGGACACCGACGUCUCGUGCGCCGCGUGUGGACCGUGUUUUCUCGCGUAAACCGCGCUUCCUCCUGUGCACCUCUAAACCAGAACUAACACCAGGACUAAACCAGGACUAAAGCAGGACUGAACCAGGUUUAAACUAGGACUAAACCACGACUAAACCAGAAUUAAAGACAUGGUCUAAACCAGGUCUAAAAUCAGGAGUAAACCAGGUCUAAAAAUCAGGACUAAACCAGGACUAAAUCAGGUCUAAACAACAUGACACCUAACAGUAGGUUGACAUAAUUUAAGGUGUUGUCAUAUAAAAAAUUAUUUCUCUAUCAAUAAUAUUUUUUAAUCUGGUGAAGGAAAGGCUUAUCUUGUUACUGUCUUUUAACAGACAAAAACCUCUUAUAUUAAGAUAUCAUGGUCUUUGUUUCUCUACAGCAAACAGUUGCUUAUUCAUUGAGACUUGGGCUCAGACAAUUUGAAGACAACAAACAAGAAUUUUCAGGAUGUGGUUGCUACUUUCAUGUCGUUUAAAAAACAUGACAAUAUCAAGUAAUCCAAAGUAAUCAGAUUACGUAGUAAUUUAAUGGAUUACGUUACAAACUACAUUUUGGGGGUCUGUAAUCUGUAAUCUGUAGGGGAUUACAUUUUAAAAGUAACCUUCCCAACAUUGACCACAAUAAGAUUUGAGCUUUCCAAGGCUGAAUUGUGAACUUCUGACUCAUUAUAAAUACAAACUUAACUGCAUAAGUGUUGUAUUUUGCUAUUUAUUUAUUUAUUGCAGUUUGUGUUGGUUAUCAGUAUUGUACAUUAAGAAUACCUUUUGGGGGAUAAUUCUGCUUUAUGGUUUGGUUUCAUUUAUCGUCAGCAAUAUAUCGCACUACAAAAAUGUAUUUAUUGUGACAGGCCUGUGUAUUACUGACACAGGUAUUACAACAGUGUCCCUCAGGAUUUGCACUCUUAUGUUGGCAGUGUCACAGGUGAUACUGACUUAUUUAACUGAUUAAAUAUUUUGGGAUAAAAUAAAUUGCCUUAAUCUUAAAGGUUCUACUCUGAAUAGUAUAGAUACUUUUAUAUUUUGUUGUAUAAAAUAAGGAAGGGCCAGCUUGUUUUUAGACUAUAUGGUGCCACUGUAGUGUUUUUUAUCAAAGGAAAAAUAACUGAUUACAAUUAAAUUUCGCUACAUCCACGAUUUUAACUUUAUGAAUUACAUUGUUUCAGCUAAUUGAUCUCACAGUAUAGAUUUUUCCACCAGAUGCCCUUCCUGACACAUUUAUAGGUUUAGGAAAGUUCAACAGAUCCUCCCUAAUACAUUUAUUAAGGGUUAAGGCAGAGUUCAUUGCAGAGUUUAACAGUAACUCAGUGGUACAGAAAAGGUGGGGCACUGUGGAUGAUAUUAAACUUGUUUCUUGUUGCUCAAAGUGUUGUUGCACAUUAAGUUAUUAGCGUAGACUGUGAAACCAAAAUGACAAAGCUAACAGCAGCGGUUAUAGAGAGGGAUGACAAUUUCAGUCAAAGCUGAAGGAGUCGGAAGCGCCCCAUGAACGCUUCUUAUUUGAACACGGCAGUUAAGCGUGUUAGCCAUGUCCAUUUAUGUAAAGUUUAUGGUUAUUAGACAGUCCCAGUAAAAUAAAUAAUAACACCUACUGUUUUUAGCCUUUUGGCUGGGAAUUUAUCAUUAUUUUUUUUAUGACUCAAGAUCAGGAUUAUUGCAACAUGGCUACCUAGAAAGUAUUGGUGCUAGACUAGUACAUACACUAACCAGGGACACAUUAGACGUAAAUAGUUCGACUAUUCUGGUGGAGGGUCCAUCGCCUGUUUGUCUUUGUAGAGAUGUUAUUGCUUUGACUAGAAUGUUUCAUAGUAGAGAUCUCAAGGAAGACUAUAAGCCACAUUAUAGGUCAGAUCUGUGGCGAAGCAACCCCAUUUACAAAGAGAAUUAUUGUAUUUUUGAGCAAUAGAAACACCCGUAAUGGAUGAAUGCUAGAUAGAUGUGUUAAAUGUCAUACCAUGGAACAAAGCGAUAACAUCUCCAUGGAGACAAGCAGGUGAUAGACCCCCCACCAGAAAGUAAAAUAAAAUUGCAUACUUUUGGGAUGCAUGUCAGCAAACGGCAAUGCAACAAUUAUAACAAAAAGUGGUUUUAUUUUCCAAAACAGACAAGCAAGACAUGGCUGUUAUUGAAAACACUAAUGAUUACUGAACAAAGAAAGCACAGUUUAUAACUAUACAUCAAACAAGUUAUACAUAUAAGGCAAAGAUGGACACAGUUUUGCCUGCAAAUCACAUGACCAAUAAAGUACAGAAUAAAAAUGGCACAUUGAUAAAAAAUAUAAAACAAAAAUGAAAUGUCACCUUACUAAUACAAUGUUCGGGCACGAUGAUAAGCACUGCCCAAAGGGAACAAGAUACUGCAGAGGACUGGGAAACUCAAAACUUAACACUGCAUCUUUACUUUUUUGGCCUGUGUCAAGCAAAUCUGAAGAAUAUACAGGUUUAGAUUAACUCCAAGUAAAAGCAGAAUCAAAUGAAGUCAUACUACAUCAAAAGACAAAUGCGUCUUGCUUGCCACAGUCUGCCCAUCCCUGUCCAACCCCCCCCUCUCAGAAAGUACAACGAAGUUCAAAACUACUCUUUUUUUUUUUUUUUUUUCACCCCUGCCCCUGUUGCCCUGGGUUAGUUUUUAUCAUCCUUUUUCUCAUCUUCGGUGGGGUACGAAUGCCAGGUAAGCCGCUCCUCAUAGAAAGAAAUGACGAUCUGUGGACAUUUUACAUUUGCUUCUUUUGCUGGGACCAGGUCAGCUUCAUCUGAGUUUUUCCUAAGUAAGACAGAUACAAAAAAUAAAAGAAUUAAGAUUUUAGUGAUUCAAAAUGUUAAGUAAUGUUAGCAACUCAGGCAAGGCAACUUCUUUUUAUCACUGGCAAAUAUAUUAUAGGUUUGUGUUGUCAUGAUACUAAAAUUAUAAGUAUAUUUUUCUGAUACUAAUAGAUUGGCUCAAUACUCAAUACUGAUUUUGACACAACAAAGAUCAUUUUUAAAAGUUAGUAUCUGCCCUCUCUACUACUUAACUACAGGCUAAAUGGAUGAGAGGAUCAUUUAUGCUCAUUUUUGAUCUAAUGUUAUAAUGUUAUUUCCUCUUCAAAAACACAACUGGAGUUUUGUUUUGUUUCAUUCACAAAUGUUUAACACACAAACACACAUAUUUAAGAUGACUUGUUAUCUCAGAAAAAACAGAAAACACUCAAAAUGCUCUGUUCCACCUCGUGUUGUCAUGUGGUAAUACAUAAAGUACUCCACUGGGCUUUUUAUCUCCAUACAUCUUUGCUAGAAUCGUGGAUUAUUUCAGCUCUGCAAUUGCCAUUCUGUACUGAACAACAUGUAAAAGGGAGCGGUUAACUUGAAAACUACCACUUCAUGACAUCACAAGGUGGAGCAGAGCAUUUUGAGCUCUGGAUAUGCAGACAGACAAGUAAUGAAGGUUUCCUCAAACAUGUGUGAAUGAAACAAAACACAACUCCAGGUAUGUUUUUGAUGAGGUAACGACAAACUCACAAGAAUCCAUUUUACCUAAUUUACGACUACUGGGUUUCAGAUGACAUCACAACAUUCAGAUGGGGGCAGCUAAAAUUUAUAUUAUAUAUGUAUGUGUAUGUAUAUGUAUAUAUGUUGUUAUUAUAUAUAAUAACAACAGCUUUUUCUUGUAAGACUGAAUUUAAGCAUCUAGUCACUGAAAGAAAUAAUCAAGUUCAACAUUCUGAAUUCUUAUGACAUAUUAUGCAUAUAUGUAACUAUACGAUGGAAACAACAAAUAACCAAUAAAAAUAGUAGAAAGUAGAAAAAAAAAUUCUGACUUCAUGUAAAGUACUAUAUAUCUAUGGGAAAACUGGCUUUUGCCCCCUCUGGCAAUAUGACAUGAAAACCACCUAUAGAUCAUUCAAGGCUCCAUGCUAAAAGCUCCAAAAACACAUUCUUGAACAUGCAGAGUCAAAUUACCCACAGUCGCUACUCGCUACACAUUUUAUUUCACACUUAUGGAGGUAUAUCUCACCAUUUCAUGAGGAACAUAAGCUCUCCCGUUGAAUCUGUAGCACCAAUUAUUCUUUCUGGAUCCAGACCUCGAGCAAAACCCCUUAAUUUCUCUGUCUAAAGAAAAAAAAAUACAAUCAAGGACAAGUGAUUUUAUAUGAGCUUCAAAAUUACUUCGUUAGGGCCACAUUCAAAACAUGAUGAAGUGCAUUUAAUUAAAAGACAAUGAUUUGGGCUUUGCUGUAUCAGACAGUGGUUUUCACAAUUGCGGCAUCAUUGUGCUGCAUUAUUGUGCCUAUUUCUUUUGCUGUGUUGUUAAAUACCCCAAAUAUGACCAUCCUCAAUCAGCUGUUUACAGACAAGGUGUAUUAUAAUAUACUUACAUCAUCUUUUUUCUUCUUUGAUUUGCUGUCAUCGCCGUCUCCAUCUGCCUUCCUCUUCCCCUCUUGUGCGGUCUUUUGAGACUGAAGAAACUCUGCGAUUAGGUCUGGGCAGUCCAGGUUAUCUUCUGGUUCCCAUGUGUUAUCCUCACUGUACACAAAUGUAGUAUGGGCAAAAGUAAAUUAAUAUUACAUUAAAUUUGUGUAUGGUUAUUUGCCUUAUGGAUCUAUAGGUUGUGUAAACUAUAAAGACCCUCUCUCACGAUUUAAAAUCAUCUAUCCUAUGAUAGCUCUACUGCUGCUCCCUAGCAAAGAUGUAUUAUUGGCUGUUAGUAAACGUUCACCAGCUGAUCCAAAAGUAUCAGAUUCUAUCCUGAUAUUGGCAUCUUGUUUGUGUGGCCUUGGGCACUUCAUCUGUUUUUCAUCCAGUGUCUGUGUACAUUUGUGUACAGGUGUAUGGUUGAGAGUGUGAAUGGGUGAAGGUUCACUUGUUGAUGUAAAAUUAUGUCUGUUGUUAUAGAAAACAUAGGACUAUAUUAUAUUAUAUGACUCACUUUGAGAAUCCCUUCCAUUUGAGCAGGUACUCCACUCUCCCUUUAACCACUCUCCGAUUCAGGACCUUCUCCACAACAUACUCUUCCUCCUCCUCUUCCUCAUCUGGUGCUGCUGGCGCCGCAACCUCAUCUGGCUUCUUCUCUGUUUUCACAGCUGUAGCCAUUUUGCUUUCUAAUGGGAUAGAAGUCAAUCAAGAAGUAUUAGCACCUCUUAUGACCAUUUACAAAUGUUCUUUGAAUAAAAUAGGGCUGCCAACAAUCUUCAGCUAAAAACUCUGUUUCAGGGGGUUGUACACAUGUAUAGCCACUUCUGGGACAAAGUUACAACAGGGAAUCACACCUUUCCACAAAGUUACAUAAAAUAUAGAGACAUUUAUGUUGGAAAAUAAUAAUAUUUUAAACCUUCUGUAACAGUGGGAGCAUCGUUAGUGGGUUCUGUAGUCGUGCUCAUACUCAUCAGGCGACCAGCAGCUUCCUGGUCAACGUCAAGAAAGUUGCAUGAAGGAAGCAAUGUAGUAGAGAGGAGAAAACAGCAUUGGAUAAUGGGGUUUAUAAAGACAUGGGGAACAGCACAGGACAAGGCAGAUCCACAGUUCAUUUAACUAGCAUUUCUAUUUUAUAGGUGGCUACUGGGGGUUUAAAUCAUCAGUCAAACUUAAGGGGCUGGGAAAAUUUCUACUACUCUACUGUACUACUAUAUUGUCCAAACAUGCAAUGUAAUGUUCUAACUAGUCCCAAAUCGUAUUUAUUUUUGUACAGUACCAUUUUACAAAUGUAUAGGAUACUUGGAUUUACUUAUCAGGCUAUGUUUAAAUAUUGUAAUCUAGCCCCAUGCAUUUUUAACCAUGCAACUAAUUUAUAGAAGUAUUACAUUGUGAACUCCAUAUGAACACUGUUGACUCCACUUUGCCUAGUUGCCCAUGUGCUGCACAGAGUAAUGUGGGCGUGGGUUGUGGAUUAGCCUUUGCUUGUAACGGGGCAAACUAUCAUGAUUGAUCAGGUAAAAUAAAAUCAUGCACAACGGUUUAGUACACAUACGUAAACAGAAAAAUGGUCAGUAUCGCGGGAACGCUACGGACCAUCUUCAAGAUACAGCGGUUUGCAACACCUGGCGAGCUUUAGAUCAGGGCUUUUUAUUUUUGGUACAAUUUAAUAAUAGAUAAAAAGCAAAACAAUGAAAUAUAAAUGAUAUGUCCAUUGUAGCUACUGUCGCCAACCAAGGGAAAAAUGUAUCAACAACAAUGCCUCAAAGCGACAGACCCUCAUUGAGUGAAUGGCCAGUGUUAGCUGGCAUCUCCUCCAUGUUGCUCCAGCCCAUGCAACCAACGCUACACGCUAAGCGUUUUUUGAAUCAAAUGUACAAAUGUGUGAUUCAACGAAAGGUUAAUUAAAUUAAAAGAUUUUUAAAUAACACAGUGUAAUAGCAUCGUUUAAUCCAAUCAUGCAUGUUAAAAGCUAGCAAGUGGCAACUGCACGAUCAAAUGAUCUUUGAAACAACACGUUUGGAGGGAGCAGGUAAAUCAAACUCACCGGGUUAAAAAUUAAACGUUUUUUAUGCACCCGAUCCGAAAUAAGAGUUUAAAGGCAGUGUUGAUUUUACGACGCGGUUUGUAAGGAUGUGAUUUCUACAGACAAAGCCAAUUGUAAUACAAAAUGUAUCGUUUCUUUUCCUUCGUCUGCUGCUGGGGGAAGAAAAGUGUACAGUCUCGAUGGCCGCUCAGAAUUACAGAUUCGUAAAGGACAUGGAUAGAAGAACACACGGAGGCAAGACGGAGAGAUGUCUGUGCAGCCUGACAGCCAACAGUAUGAUCAGUAAUCAAGAAGAGGAUGAGUUUGUUGCAGUGCGGGUUCAAGAUCCCCGCAUUCAAAAUGAAGGCUCAUGGAACUCAUAUGUGGAUUACAAAAUCUUUCUGCAUACAAACAGUAAGGCGUUCACAGCUAAGACCUCAUGUGUGCGACGGCGCUACAGUGAGUUUGUUUGGCUCAAGAAGAAGCUGCAGAAAAAUGCUGGUUUAGUACCAGUCCCAGAUCUUCCUGGCAAGUCCUUGUUCUCCUUCAGUAAUGAUGAUUUUCUUGAAAGAAGAAGGAAAGGUCUCCAGCGCUUUCUGGACAAAGUGGUGCACAUGACCGUGUGUCUGUCGGACAGUCAGCUGCACCUCUUCCUGCAGACUCAGCUCCCUGUGGGACACAUCCAGGACUGUGUCCAAGGCCACACCCCUUACACCGUGACAGAUGCCAUCCUGACCUACGCCUCCUCCAACCGCGGCUACGCACAGGCCCAAGAGGAGGAGCCUGCCAAGGAGAGGAGCUUAACCGUGUCCUAUGAGUCAAUGGAAAGUCCUGUGCCUCACCAACCAUCUCAACUAAACAAGCAGCUGUUACCUGAGUCAUCUAAACCAGUGGAUCAUGUACAACAGGACAACACAACUGAACCCCUGCUCAGUGACUCCACCUCCACCACCUCCAUACAAGUCCACCAGACCAAUGACCAUCUCAAAGCCGUAGUAGAAAACAGUAAACAUGUUAGCUUCUUUCUGGGUGACAGAGGAAGUCCAGAAAAUCUUUGCUAUAAAGAACAAGAAGAACUGCCAGGAACUAAUGGUUGUGUAAUGGAGGAGUCGGUGGAGCUACAUUCACCAACUGGACCUGGAUUUGAGGAAACUGAAGAGGCAACAAUUGAGGAAAACACAACUGAGCAAAAAGAAGAACACGAUAGUUGUAUUGUUUCAAAUUCAGAGGAGGAAAGUGAAGUGAACUGCAAUGGUCUGCUGAAUAAUCUAUGUGAAGUAACCGUAGAAAAUGUUGAAGUUAAUCAAGCAGAUGUUUUGGAAAAGCAAGUUGAAUCCAAGAAGGAGGAUGCUGAAAAUGACCUUAAAUUCCAGGAUGAUAUGAAAAAUGAAUUGGGUGAGACAGUGGUUAAACAGGAUUAUAGUAAUGGAGAUGUUUUACUAGCUGUUAAUUCAGAGGUAACAUCAAGUGGAGAGGAGUCAAAUGAGCAAAUAAUUUCCAUAGAACAUGAAGAAAAUGAAAAUAUGCACACUGCAUUUAAAGUUGAAGUCUGUGCAAAUGAAUUUAUACAACAGAUAGAUCCCCACAUGGACCAAACGAAGGACAAAUCAAUAGAAAUUUCCAAUUCCGACAUUGUUUAUGAAGAUAGGCAGUCUCUACAGUCUUCAAAUGAGAGUAUAGUAAAAGUCAGUGAUGAGGAAAGCAUUGGGGAUGAUGCUGAGGUGAUGCGGGAGGCAAAUGGGGACAUACACACCGAGGUUGUCCCACAAGAGAUCACUGGUCACUGGUCCGAAACCGGAGCCUCGAGCAUUUUUACGCUACACAUGAACGGGUGUCCUCUGGAAGCAGAAGAGCGCAUUUCCAACGUGGGCAGUAUCCAAGAGGAGAUAGAGAUCGUCAAGGGAACAAAUGACCUUAACAACACCAGUGAGUUGACAACGAGCGGUAAUCUGGAGUCCAAUGAAUCAGAAUCUGUAGUGGAUUUGACAGAAAACAGUGACUUUAGCAUCUUGGCGACCAGCUGUGUGCCUGAGUCAGUUGAUCUUAAAUUGGCGAUGGGGGAAAACUUGUGCUCCUCCAUGUCUUUGGAUGCCUCAGAGGAUAGCAUCGGGGUCCCAUUAGCUGAACCAGUCUUGAAUGGGGACAGUGAAAUCACAUAGGCCUCAGUGAGCUUCACCCGCACUGAGCCAGAACAAUGGAGAGUGGGGAUGUCCUCUGCCAAAGACACCCUACAUCAAGCCUAAUAUCCUCAUUAUUUUACAUAUGUUGAUGCUCCUCUCUGGGACGGUCACCUUGUUUUAACCUUUUCCUUGUGAGAUCACGUCAUGCUCAAACGUUUUAUUAGUUUAUUUAAUUUAGCAUUUUAUUGAUCACAAACCAAUCAAGUUUACAAAAUGCUUCAGUACUUUUAUUAAUAAUAUAUUUAACGUUAGUUGGAGCAGUGUCAUAAUGGUCAAACUUGUUAAUGGUUAAAAUAUGCUUCAAAGUAAAAGACACUAAAUGCAAUAUUUUCUAUAAUGGGGAUUAAUUUUAACUGACACAAAAUGAAUAAUAAAUAAAUCAGUGGAAAACCCACACUACCUGAAAACUAAAUAUAACUACCAAGUCCAUGUGAUUUCUGUAACACGUCAUAUUCUCUGUUGUUUUAAAUGUCACUUCUAUGCUUGUAGUGAAUCACUGAUGUGUCACUCUCUCGAUCAUGUGGCCGUGCUGAGGAAAUUUUCACUUCACAAUUUCAAAUUACAGUUGAAAUGUUAGACCAAAGAAAUAUUAACAUCACUUCAAAUUACUACUGGUUUUAUUUUAAAUGUGCUGUGUAAAAGGGACCCAUCAUUCUACAUAACUGGAACAGUCUAAUUUUAAUUUAUUUUAUGUGUGAUUAAUAAAGAUAUUUUAAUUUUA